AUGCACCCCGGGGCUCCCGCAGGCCCAGGCGUCUCCGAGCCCGGCCCCCGAGAGCUGUGCGCCUUCGUGAGCGGGGCAGCCGCUCACAUGCUUCGUGCCCUGCAGCCCCGGCGCACCCGGCCCCCCAAGAGGAGACCCAACCACAGAAGGUUCCUGCAUAAUCAGAUUUGCAGAGAGUUCGCCAAGAUCGAGGCCACCACCCAGCGCCUGGCCCUGUCCAUCCUGUCCCAGGAGGCGCCUCCUCAGAGACCUCUGCCCCGAAGGCCACCCCCACCACCCCCAUCCCCCUUCCUGGGGGUGGCCUGCGCUGUUGCCCCUGCAGAGGUGCCCCAAGCUGUCCCCAGCCUAAGCCUGGAAGCUCUGGACACCUCCACCCUGGACCUCUUCGACGACAUCACGCUCACCCUGGAGCGUCCCUCAGUGACAUCUGACCCCUCCUUAUGGCCGCUGCCCCCUGCCACUGCCCUGCUGGACUCUGACCUGUUCCAGCAUGCUCUGGGCCACCCUUUGCCCUCUACCCAGCAUGCCCUGGGGGGAGGGGAUGAGCUCCUGGCUCCAGACUGGGGAUGGGUGGGCGAGUGGGAAGUGCCUUGUGCCUGGGAUGCUCAGGGGGUCCCCAAGGGCUGGGGGACCUGCUCCCCAUGA